AUGAAGGACCCACAGCUCCAAGCCAUCAAAACACACCUAUGGCGAAAGCAGAAAGUGAGCAAGAAAUCCAAGGACGAGCCUCCGAAGGUUGAAAAGACAGCCAAGCCCCUCGCCGCCAUUUGCGCCAUCCCACAGCUGACUGAAGCAGAGAGAAUGAGGCAGUCACCGUUUGAGAGGGUCGUCUAUGACAUGGCCCACAACGAGAAGAUCGUCAAUGAUCUGAUGCUUGGUCGAAGAGUUGGCUUCUACGAGCUGCGUGGAGAGAUCGGGCAGGGGAAUUUCUCUACGGUCAAGCUGGGCAUCCACGCCUUGACGAAAGAGAGAGUGGCGGUCAAAAUCAUGGACAAGCUGCGCCUGGAUAAGAAGAGCCAGCCGAUGACUUCCUCAGAGAUCAGCUGCAUGGAGAAGCUGUGUCACCCCAACAUCGUGCGUCUUUACGAGGUGUUCGAGACAAGCAGGAAGCUGUAUCUGAUAAUGGAGUAUGGCAGCGGUGGAGACCUGUUCUCCCGAAUCACCACCAGGGGGAAGCUGAACGACCUGGAGACCAAGCUGGUCUUUGCACAAGUCAUCUCUGCUGUUAAACAUAUGCAUGACAACAACAUCGUCCACAGAGACCUUAAGGCGGAGAACAUCUUCUACACCACCAGCUACUGCAUCAAGGUCGGAGAUUUUGGCUUCAGCACGCAGAGCAGCCCUAAUGAGCUCCUCACUAACUUCUGUGGCUCACCACCGUACGCUGCUCCUGAACUCUUUAAGGAAAAAGGUUACAUCGGACGCUAUUCAGACACCUGGGCUUUAGGUAUUCUCUUGUACUUCAUGGUGACGGCCACUAUGCCUUUUUAUGGGGACAGCAUGGGGAAGCUGAAGCGCUUCAUCCUUCAGGGGGCCUACAGCAUCCCUGCUUAUGUACCCGACCCGUGCCAGCUGGUCAUUAAGGGCAUGCUGCGGCCUGUGCCUGCUGACCGCUCCUCUCUCACACAGAUUACAAACAGCACUUGGCUGCAGGGGAUUGAGUACCCUGCUCCGUACGUCUUGUUGCCCCUGUCUCCAGCCCACUUUGCCCAGGCCGACCAGGCUCUGUGUGAGGAGCAGCAGGAGGUAAAGGACUUGCUGUCAGAUCUGGGCGUUCAGACAGUCCAUUUCCAAAACAAUCCCUGCUUAGACUGUAGGAGCCCGCUGACGGGGACCUACCGGAUCCUUCUCCAUCGGGUCCAGAAGAGGAGGUCAGUGGAGGCUGUAGGUUAUUCAGCGCUUUACCCUGAUGAGUAUGGGAGUCCAAAGAAGUGGUCUGUGGCAUCUGUAGGCAAACACACUCCUUCAGCUGUAUGUGUUGUACUAUAAAGAGAAAAAACAUGUGCCCUUUUGCUCGCUGAUGCUCCUUCAAUCACUUGAGGCUCCCUUAACCUGUGAGGUGUUAUGUUACAUGUUGAGAAGUUUUCAAGUUGUGUUGUGCAAUACUGGACUGAAAAGGAAGACACGCGGGGGUUGGAGUCGGAGGGUUCUCCUGUUCCAAAGUGUAAGUCAAUUACAGCUUACAGACGAGGGCACUUAUCUUAAGUAGUUAGUUAUGGCUUUCGUUUCUAAUUACGUCACCAACCACAAGCUUACUGACGCAUAGCAUUCAUCAAUCACUGUAUGACUAGUGGCAUCGUCCAAUCCCUGUCGGUCGGUGCAUAAUUCUGUGGGACUAAUCCCAGGUCACAGGUAAUCCUAAUAAGGGAGACACUGAGAACAUGCUUGGCCCAACAGAAAUUAAACCUGAGACCAUGGAGGAAAGAAUAACAUGUCCUGGCAGAUAAUUAAGACCAUGUGAGGCCAGAACAAAAUGUAAGACAAAUCUGCAGCUGUUUUAAAUGUUUUUAUUGUGCUUUUUAAACUCAAAAACCGGUGCCCCAAUUGCCUUCAUUUUAUUCAGACAUAUAUUAAAGAUGUUUGUAAAUAUUACGCACAUUUUAUGAUUGUCACAAAGAGUCUGGAGGAUUUAUUUAAGUUUUUGCACAGUUUUAAUCUCAUUUUGUUAAUAUCUUUGUUAAGUAUUGGGCUAAUGUGUGCUGUCUAUGUUUUAAGGCACUACUUUCAUGAAAGCUUCAUGGAUACUGUCCUGAACUUCAUGCAACUCUGCAUUAUACAGCAACCAGCAAGGCCAGAUUCAUUGA